AUGAUACAAUAGAAAAAUGAUUUUAAUAAUCUAGAAGAAUUUUUAAGCUUUUCACUUGAAUCCUUUUAGGUUGUCCACAUUGAUCUGAAUAAUAAAAAUUAAAUUGGUGCUUAAGACUUAGAUUUUUCUUUAGGAAAGUGCACUAAUCUCUCUAAUUUGACAAUUUCUCUAGCGUGGGAUUCAAUUGAUUAAAUUGGUGCAUCAAAAUUAGGUUCUGCUUUAGGAAACUGCAUUUAUCUCUCAAAUUUAACCCUUAGUCUUGAUGGAAAUUAAAUUGGCGUCAUUGGUGCAUCAGACUUAAGUUCUGGUUUAGGAAAGUGUACUAAUCUCUAAAAUUUGACGCUUAAACUUUGGGGAAAUUCAAUUCGUGAUGAAGGUACAUCAGGUUUAGGUUCUGGUUUAGGAAAAUGCGCUAAUCUCUCAAAUUUAUUUCUAAAUCUAGGGAAAAAUUAAAUUAGUGCAAUUGGAGCAUCAAACUUAGUUUAUGAUUUAGAAAAGUGCUCUAAUCUCUCAAAUUUUACACUUAAUCUAGAUGGAAAUUUAAUUGGUGUAAUUGGUGCUUAAAACUUAGGUUCUGCUUUAGGAAGGUGGAAUAAUCUCUCUAAUUUGAAACUUUUUCUAAUUAGUAAUUAAAUAUGCGGUGAAGGUGCAUCAGGCUUAGGUUCUGGUUUAGGAUAUUGCCCUAACCUCUCAAAUUUAACACUCAAUCUAGAUGGAAAUUUAAUUGAUGAUGAAGGUAUAUCAAGCUUAGUUUCUGGUUUAGGAAAGUGUACUAAACUCUCAAAUUUGACACUUUAUUUAGAGGAAAAUUCAAUUGGUGCAAAUGGUGCAUCAGACUUAGGUUCUGGUUUAGGAAAAUACUCUAAUCUCUCAAAUUUGACCCUUGAUCUUUAUAAUAAUUCAAUUGGUGAUGAAGGUACAUUAGGUUUAGGUUCUGGUUUAGGAAAGUGCGGUAAUCUCUCAAAUUUGACACUUGACCUACAGGAAAAUUCAAUCGGCGCAAUUGGUGCAUCAGACUUAGGUACUGGUUUAGGAAAGUGCACUAAUCUCUCAAAUUUGAUACUUGAUCUAAGUGGAAAUCCAAAUAUUGAUGAAGGUGUAUCAGGCUUAGGUUCUGGUUUAGGAGAGUGCACAGGUCUCUCAAAUUUGACACUUAAAUUUUGGGAAAAUUAAAUUGGUGCAACUGGUGUAUCAGACUUAGUUUCUGCUUUAAGAAAGUGUGUUAAUCUCUCAAAUUUAGAACUUGAUCUUUUUGAACAUUAAAUUGGUGCAAUUGGAGCAUAAAACUUAGGUUCUGCUUUAGGAAAAUGCAUGAAUCUCUCGAAUUUGGCACUUAAUCUUUUUAAAAAUUAAAUUGGCGGUGAAGGUGCAUCAGGCUUAGGUUCUGGUUUAGAAAAGUGUACUAAUCUCUCAAAUUUAACACUUGAUCUUGGAGAAAAUUAAAUUGGUGAUUAAGGAUCAUCAGACUUAGUUUCUAGUUUAGUAAGGUGCACUAAUCUCUCAAAUUUGACACUUGAUCUUUAGAAUAAUUCAAUUAAUGAAAUUGGUGCAUAAAACAUAGGUUCUGCUUUAGGAAACUGCACUUUUCUUUAAAAUUUGACCCUUAAUCUUGGUGGAAGUUAAAUUGGUAUCAUUGGUGCAUUAGACUUAAGCUCUGGUUUAGGAAAGUGCACUAGUCUCUCAAAUUUGACACUUAAACUUUGGGGAAAUUAAAUUAGUGACGAAGGUACAUCAGGUUUAGGUUCUAUCUUAGAAAAGUGUACUAAUCUCUCAAAUUUAGCACUAUAUCUAGAGAAUAAUUCAAUUUUUGAAAUUGGCGUAUCAAACUUAGUUUCUUGUUUAGAAAAGUGCUCUAAUCUCUCAAAUUUUACACUCAAUCUAUAUGGAAAUUUAAUUGGUGAAACUGGUGCAUAAGAAUUAGGUUCUGCUUUAGGAAAGUGCACUAAUCUCUAGAAUUUAAAACUUUUUCUAAGUGUUAAUUCAAUUGGCGGUGAAGGUGCAUCAAGCUUGGUUUCUGGUUUAGGAAAUUGCACUAAUCUCUCAUGCUUGAGACUCAAUAUAGAUGGAAAUUCUAUUGAUGAUGAAGGUAUAUCAAACUUAGCUUCUGGUUUAGGAAAGUGCACUAAUCUCUCAAAUUUGGCACUUAAUCUAGAUGGAAAUUUAAUUAGUGAAAUUGGUGCAUCAGACUUAGGUUCUGGCUUAGGAAAGUGCACUCAUCUCUCAAAUUUGACACUUUUACUUUAUUAAAAUUGUUUUGGUGAUGAAGGUACAUCAGGUUUAGGUUCUGGUUUAGGGAAGUGCAAGAAUCUCUAGAAUUUGACACUUGACCUAGAAUCAAAUUCAAUUAAGGAAAUUGGUGCAUCAGACUUAGGUUCUGGUUUAGGAAAGUGCACUAAUCUCUCAAAUUUGACACUUAAUCUGAUUGAAAAUUCAAUUGGUGAUAUAGGUACAUUAGGAUUAGGUUCUGGUUUAGAAAAGUGCACUAUUCUCUCAAAACUGACACUUAAAUUUUGUGGAAAUUCAAUUAGCGAUAAAGGCAUAUCAGGCUUAAGUUCUAGUUUAGUAAAGUUCACUAAUCUCUAGAAUUUGACACUUAAUCUUAGGGAUAAUUAAAUUGGUGAUUAAGGAUCAUCAGACUUAGUUUCUAGUUUAGGAAAGUGCACUAAUCUCUUAAUUUUGACACUUGAUCUUUAGUAAAAAUAGUUUAUUUGUUUUGAAUUGUGA